AUGGAUUAUGCGGUAACCAAAGAUAUCCCAAAUCGCAAAGGUGAGGGAAGUUCUAAGGUUGGCCAAUCCACCUUUGAGACACAAAGUUGUGUGGAUAAUGUAGUCUACAAAUUGUACUUCAAGGGUUUGGUGAGCGGUGAAACGGCGACAGACAAGAAAGCGAUUGUGAAAGUUGGGUUUGGAGUCGCGAUAUGCGACGAGGCGGAUAACUUAUUCUAUGGAAUGAAUAAAUCACUUUAUGAAGCUGUGAUUAACCGCGAAGAAGCAGAUAUUCUAGCACUAAUUACUGGGUUAUAUGAAUCAAUUCACCGUGGGGUUAAAAAUGUCGUGAUUUGUUGCGAUGACCGUCAAAUUUACCAAACCAUAAUUGGUAGAGAGAAGCCUCAGCAGAAGAAUGUCCAUCUUUUGGAAGAAGUCCAACGCCUUAGAGGGAGACUGGCUUCUACUGGAACUGUUUUGGUUGCGACGCGAGAUGAUAACUUUGCUCUUAGACUUGCUAUAGAUGCACUUGUGAAGGCAACACAAGAAAAACCAUUGACUUGUUCCAUUUGUAGUGACAAAACCGACGCUGAGCACAUGUUAUUGAACGACAAAUGCCUUCACCGUCAUUGCUUUUCUUGCGUGAAACAGCAAGUGAAAGUGAAGCUUCGUAGCGGAAUAGUGCCCCCGUGCCUUGAAGAUGGAUGCAAGUCUGAGCUCACUCUUGAAAGUUGUAGCAUGGUUUUGACACCAAAGCUGAUUGAGAUGUGGAAACGUAAAAUGGAGGAGGACUUAAUUCCCGAUGCUGAGAAAAUCUACUGCCCAUAUCGAAGCUGCUCAAUGUUGAUGUCCAAAACCGAGCUUUCAAGAGAAGCCGAACAAUCCAAUGUCCGAGCAUGUAUCAAAUGCUCUGAACUCUUCUGCAUUGACUGCAAAGUACCAUGGCAUUCUGAUUUGUCCUGUGCUGAUUACAAGAGAAUUCACUCUGAACGUCUGGUUAAUGACAUGAUGCUUAAGGUUCUGGCAAACGACCAAAUGUGGCGUCAAUGUUCCGAGUGUAAGCACAUGAUUGAACUGACUGAGGGUUGCAAUCACAUAACUUGCAGAUGUGGAUAUGAGUUUUGCUACAGAUGUGGGCACAAAUGGACUAAGUAUCAUCAUUACAGUUGCCAACUUAUGGAUAAUCGUGAAGAUGAAGAAGAUUAUAAUCUUCAUGUUGAUGCUGAGGUCAACAAUGAUGAUGAUGACGAUGAAGAUUAUGUAUUUGAUGAAGAUUAUGAGGAGGAUGACGAUGAUGACGACGAUGAUGAUGGCACAACAUACAGCUUAGAAGACUUUCGAAGAGAGAUUUCGUGA